GGGCCACGGCUACUCCCUCCGUCCCAGAGGGUCACCUUGCCAUCAGCAUGUGGAAACUCCUGGUCGCCUUCCUGCUGGCCGCUGAGGCCCACGGAUGCGGAGAGCCCGCGUAUUCCCCCGUCCGAACCGGGAGGGUAGUUAACGGAGAAGAUGCCAUCCCUUACAGCUGGCCCUGGCAGGUGUCCCUGCAGUACCAGUCUGGAAACUACUUCUACCACACCUGCGGGGGGAGCCUCAUCCACCCCCAGUGGGUGAUGACCGCCGGGCACUGCAUCUUUUCACAGUACCGCUACAGGGUCGUCCUGGGUGACUAUAACCUGCGCAAGGCGGAAGGCCCGGAACAGUCGAUCUUAAUCAACUCCGGGGACAUCUUUGUGCACCCCGGCUGGAACCCCAACUGCAUCUCCUGCGGGGACGACAUCGCUCUGAUCAGACUCUCCCGCCCGGCCAUUCUCAAUGACAAAGUGCAGCUGGGGUGCCUCCCCCCACGAGGAGAGGUGCUCCCCAACUAUCAUCCCUGCUACAUCUCUGGCUGGGGCACGCUCUACACCGGAGGCCCCAUGCCUGACAUCCUGCAGCAGGCGCUUCUGCCAGUGGUCGACUACGCGCAUUGCUCCCGGCCGAACUGGUGGGGAACCUCGGUCAAGGAGAGCAUGGUGUGUGCUGGCGGGGACGUCAAAGCCGGCUGCAACGGUGACUCCGGUGGCCCCCUCAAUUGCGCAGCUGCUGACGGCCGGUGGUACGUUCACGGGGUGGCCAGCUUCGUCUCGGCACGGGGCUGCAACACCCUGCAGAAGCCCACCGUCUUCACCCGCGUCUCUGCUUUCAUCCCCUGGAUCGAGCAGAUCAUCUCCAGCUAUUCCCGUUAAGCAGAAACGUGUGGCGUUUCCAGAUUGGGCUCUGCUUGUAUAAAAUAAUAAUAAUAAUAAUAAAUAUCUUCCUGGCUGCAACAUGUUGUCCUCUUGGUCUUCUUCUUCUUCUUCUUGGUCUUGUUCGAAUCCUUUCCUCUCCACUGUUUUUUGGGGGGAUGCAUACAUGCCCCAAGGAGGUUUCAAUUCCCUGAUCCCUUCACCUUGUCUGCCCGAUGAAA